AUGACGAUGGCGCUUCACAAUCUAUUUUUCCGCGAGCACAAUCGUAUCGCCGACGCCCUAAGCGCCGCUCACCCUAACUGGACCGAUGAGAUUCUUUUCCAGGAGGCGAGACGAAUAGUUGUUGCUGAGAUACAACAUAUCACUUAUGGGGAAUAUCUACCGAAGGUUCUGGGUGAUGAUUAUAUGGAACUCUACAGUUUGAAGCCCCUCCAAAAUGGAACUGCCCAGUACUCACGCAACGUCAACCCCAACACUCGUAACGGUUUCGCCGCCGCUGGUGUCUUUCACAGCCAUUCCGGAAUUCGAUCUACCGUUACAAUUGGCAACAUAGAGUACCCUUUGAGUUCAAUCUUCUUUAAUCCUGAUGUCUUCUAUGAAGGAAGCGAGGCGCCAACAGCUAUUUUUCAAGGACUCUUAAAUGAUUUGAGUCAGAUGAUUGACAGGUCAGUAUAA